UUGUUGGUCAUCUUGUUGCAAACAUUUCUUUGCGACGAGGGGUUUUGUGUAUCUUGUUCCCGUUUCUUCGUAUUUCACAUUGAGAUGACUUCACUUUGGCAUUUCUGUUUUACACUGGAAAUACAUUAGGUUGCGACUUUCGAUUUCUUCUCGUUUUGAAAUUAUUGAACUUAUAUAGAUAUAGUGUCUGUAAUUACUAUGGUGAAAGGAUUUAUUGGAUUUUUGACGCUCGCUGUGUUGAUGUUCACAGGUGGGUCCACACGUCCCUCCUGUCCCCUUGAACUCAACCCUCCCAGUGUGGUGGUGAAAUAUGGAGACCCAGUCUCAGUCAACUGCAGCACAUCAUGCACAGACCAUGAGGGGAUGGGCUGGGAGGCCACACAGGGAGGUACUGCAUUUCAACUGAACGCCCCCAAUGUCACCUGGAUUGUGGAUAACCUUGAAGAUUGGACAAUAAAACCUAUGUGCUACAUCACCACUAGUACCGACCAAGUUACUAAAACGCUUCCAGUCAUUCUGUACAAGACACCAGACAACAUGUCCAUCUCUCUACUGGACCACUUUGGUCCGAUGCUGGAGGGGACAGAAUACCGUCUGCAGUGUGACAUCCAGAACGUCGCUCCUGUACAGAACCUGAUUGUCAAGUGGUACAAAGGGAAUGAAUUCUUAUUAAAUGUAACUUACAGUAACAGUACGAAGACACCAGUUGAUGUGUCUCCGACCCUCACCAUAACCCCCAGUAGUGAUGAUGAUGGAGCUCAGUACAGAUGUGAGGCAGAGCUGGACCUGGGACCAGAGGGACCACAACCUCCUCCCACAGUGUCUUCAGAACCUCUCAACGUCACUGUGUACUACCCCCCAACCUUCUUGAGUUCUGAAACUGAAAUCCUGAGCAUCAGUGUAGGGGAAGACAUCUCCUUAAACUGUACAGCUACUGGAAGGCCUACUCCUCAUUACAGCUGGAAUUCUUCACUUCACAUUCCAAACAACCCAAAGAAUGAGGCACUUCUAACCCCCCCUUCUGAGCUCCCAGGAAACUACACCUGCAUUGCCUCAAAUCAGAUAGGCAGCAUCAGCAAGCUGUUCAUUGUGAUUCUUACACCGAAAGGCCGCAUAACCUUCUGGGCUUUCAUGCUAUCUGCACUGAUCUUGGCCUCGGCCAUUGGAAUUGGCUAUGUCUUCCUGAAAAGGAAACUAGGUCCCAACUCCCUCAUCUAAGCAGAUCAGAAGAAGAGCCUUCUCUCUCAACAUCCUAGUCAGUUGGACAUU